CUAAUAUGAUACAACUUAAUCCUGACAUCAAAACAGGUAAAACUUCAUUUUCAAAGUACAUUGUUUAGUUUGCUGUUUUUCUUAAGUAUAAUGUUUUGUGUACCAUUGUUUUAUUGCAACAAAAGCACUUAUGAACUCCAUGGCAGCUGAGGUGCAAGCUAAGGUGUCAUUUCAGCAAGCAUACAGGACUAAGAGCGCUGUUUUAGAACAACUAGAAAUGUCCAUAAAAGAACAAUAUGCUAGGGUGCAAGACUAUGCGCAUGAGCUGAGAAGGGACCCAGCAACCACUGUUGAUAUCAAAUGUGAUUUCAACAACGCUGAAAAGCUGCCAAUUUUUAAAAGAAUGUAUAUUUGCUUAGGAGCAUUGAAGAUGGGGUUUAAGAGUGGUUGCAGACCCAUUUUGGGACUAGAUGGCUGUCAUUUGAAAAGUGCAUAUGGAGGGCAGUUGUUGUUUGUAGUGGGGUUUGAUGCCAACAACACAACCUAUGUAGUGGCUUAUGCAAUGGUAGAGAUGGAGAGUAAGGAUAGUUGGAUAUGGUUUCUACGGUUGUUGGAGAAGGAUCUUAAUAUCACUGGAGAAGGAAAUGGAUUUACAUUCAUUUCCGACAAGCAAAAAGGGUUGCUUCCUGCAUGUGAAUCGAACAAGUCCUCCCUCUUGCUGAUCAUAGGUUUUGUGUGAGACAUCUAUGGACCAACUUCAACAAGUUGUUUCUUGGAAAACCAAUGAAGGACCAACUUUGGGCAAUUGCUAAAUCUUAUUACUUGAAGGAGAUGGUGAUGAUUAAGGAGAUGCAAUCAGAUGCAUAUGACUGGUUAACUGACCCAGAUGAACCAACAAGGAACCCUAAACACUGGUGUAGAGCGCAUUUUAACACAAUUCUUAAGUGCGAUGUGCUUUUGAACAACUUGUGUGAAACCUUCAAUGCAUUCAUAUUACCAACUAUGUCAAAGCCAGUCAUUUCUUGCUUUGAGGAUAUCAAGGUAAAGUUGAUGAAGAAGGUUGCUGCAAGGAAAGAGAAGAUGAGCAAAGUCAUCGAUCCCAUUUGCCCUAAGCCUAGGGAGAUAUUAGAGAAGAACAAGGUUAAGUCUACAACUGAUUGUAUCCCUAGUGGUACUGGCAGCCCAAUGAUCGAAGUGGAUAGCAUUGGAGGAGGGAGGUAUAUGGUUGAUCUGCAGAGAAGGAAGUGUGCUUGUAGAAGGUGGGACCUAACUGGUAUUCCUUGCAAGCAUGCCGUAUCUGCUAUCAACUUCAUGAGGCAAAAGCCCGAAGGCUAUGUUGAUGCCUGCUACCUGACCAAGACAUACAUGGACAUUUACCCGCACACAGUGACACCUGUCAAUGGGAUGGACAUGUGGAUGCCUACAAAUGAACAAGCAAUCCUCCCACCUCAAUAUAAUAGACAGCCUGGUAGGCCAAAGACUAAAAGAAACAAAGAAGCAUCUGAAAGGAACACUGAAGGAGGCCUCAAGCUUGGAAGGGUUCAAAAAUCUUUGAGGUGUCGCAACUGUGGCACAUUGGGUCACAACAUCAAGACGUGUCAUAAACAUCUUCCACCUAAAACAUCAGCAGCUCAUGGGACUGGGACAAAGAAGAGAAGACUGAACAGUGGAGAAGCACCAUCUACUAAGGAAAAGGGUACCAAACCACCACCAAAAACCAAGAAUGAGCUUAGGACAAAGGCACAGCUGAGAAAAGCUGCAGCAAAGGAUAAAAGAGAUGAAAAAAGGGCAGCAGAAAAAGCAGCAGCAAUGGCAGCAGGUAAAGGUCUGCCAACUAGGAGUAGACCACCAAAAGCUACUACCAGCACUGUUUGAAAUGCUUCUGCAAAUGCACAACCUUCUCAAGCAUCCUCAAGAUCAUCAGUGAGGAUCCGAGCAAAUGCAAACAAGGGAGGAAAAUAGAGGAUGAGAAGAGAGGGAUAAGCAACCGAGGUCAGGAUUAAUAGAUGCAAAGUUGCAUUUUUUGUGCAACCACGUGCUACGUCACAUGGUUGCUAGGUCUAAUCUUUUGCUUAGAUGAUUAGAGCUCGAGUUUUAUGCAACUUAAUCCAAACAUUUGUGUUUUGUUAGUUUGGAUGUAAACUCACAUUAUGCAUCUAUUAUAUUUGGUUGCUAACUCUGAACAAGUUUCUGGAAAUUUAUGGUUUUGAUGCAUUGUUCGAUAUGAA